AUGAUGGUCGGAAGGGCCGUGCGCAGAUUCGGGCGGACUGCUUCUCGAGCACAGAUGGAUGUCGUGGAGUCCAUAAUCGGAUGGCGGCGUGAGCAGAUCGAUCAUGUCGUGAGGGUCGUCGAGUUCUACCGGUGCCGAAACAGAAGAGGCUGCGAUGAGAUUGGUGGGAAAGGAGCCAUGAUGCGUUGCGGUGCGAUGCGAUGCGAUGGUAGGCGAUUCGGUGAUUUGCAGGAGUCGAAAUGA